CUGUUGAACGUCCAAUCACAUCCUCCCCCUUUCCUUCUGUGCAACAGACACUAUACACUGCUUUAAAGGAGCAGCCCUUUGGAAAGACUCUACAGACAGUCACGUCUCGGCUGCAUGGGAAGGAACAUGGAAUAAUUUCUUUUUAUUCUUUUAAACGCCAUAUUGCAGAAAUUCUGUAUAGCAAUAGAAGAUCUGUUCAAAAGUUGGAUUCCUUAGACUUGAAUACACACAGAUGGCGUCCAAACUUUUGAGAGUUGUCAUUCUUGGGCCACCAGGAUCUGGAAAAGGCACAGUGUGCCAGCGAAUCGCAAAAAACUUUGGGCUCCAGCACCUCUCCAGCGGGGACUUCCUCAGGCAAAAUAUCAGAGCGAGUACUGAAAUUGGAGUCAUAGCCAAGAAAUACCUUAAUCAAGGUCUUCCUGUUCCAGAUAGCUUAAUCACCCGUGUCAUGUUUUCUGAGUUGGAAACAAUGAAAACCCAGCCUUGGCUAUUAGAUGGUUUUCCACGCACUUUGGCCCAGGCAGAAGCUUUUGAUAAAAUAUGUGAUCUUGACCUUGUGAUCAGUUUAAAUAUUCCAUUUGAGACACUUAAAGAUCGACUGAAUACUCGCUGGAUUCAUCAACCCAGUGGAAGAGUCUACAAUUUAGAAUUCAACCCUCCCCAUGUUCAUGGAAUUGAUGAUGUAUCUGGGGAACCGCUGAUCCAACAAGAGCAUGAUAAGCCGGAUGCUGUAAUUUCAAGAUUACGCCAGUACAAAGAUGUUGCUAAGCCUGUCAUUGAAUUAUACAAGAAUAAAGGGAUACUCCAUACCUUUUCAGGCACUGAAACAAACAGGAUCUGGCCAUAUAUUUACACACUGCUAAGUACAAAAAUUACACCAGUGCACCCAGAAGAUACCAGCCAGGCAUUUUGUGCUGAGGAGCAUUAGAGCACUUGGUUAUUUCUUUGGCUUUUUGUGCAGUAUGCUCUUUCCAUAUUAAAAUGUAAAUGCUGUUAAGUAUAGCUGCUUUAUGCAUUCAUGUCUUGAAAAGUCUAAGGGUUUUUAAAUCAGUAUAUUGUUGUAGAAAUCUCUUUUUGUAAACUGAGGAACUCUUUGUCUGAUAUGGUUGAAGUUUUUUUUAUAUAUAUAUUUGACUUUAUUUUUAAAGAAAAUAUAUGGUUACAGUUGUGAUCUUUAUUAUAUGUGAAUUUAUGAUAAAUGUAUUUUUGUGAAAAUGUAAAAAGAAAAAGUUGAAAAAAAACCUGAAAGUCCAAUGAAUGUUUUAGAUAAUGCAGUAUUUUUAAUGUGGUUUGUUAAGUAUAAAUUUGCUCUUGUUACUACACGUAUACACUGUCUAUUUCUGUGCUAUAGAGAUGCAUAAUGGAAAAACGCCAAAUCAAAUGAUAUUAUCGAACAGUCAUUCAGUUCUGGAAUUAGAAAAGAUUAGACUAAUGCAAGCAGGAUGGCUAUUUGUACCAAAGACAUUUCUGGUGGUGGAACCCACUUCUGAGAUUUGGUCUUCUGUACCUAAUUACAAAGACUAUACAAGGGUUGGACAACUUGUAAACCUUUAGAUGUUGUUGAAUCAAUGUUCCUUCUAUGUACACAAAUAUCUUUGUAUGUGCACACUUCAGUAUUGGAUCGGACCUAAUCACAACUGUUCUUGCAAAGGAUAAUUUUGCUUUCAUUCCCUUCAAUAGCUUGCAGAGAACAUUGUGUUGUACUACAGCUCCUUGAAUCCCAACCAUUUUCAGAGGAUGCUGGGAGCUGUAGGUCAACAACAUUUAAAAGACUUAAGGCUGUCCCAUCCAGGCAGCAAUUAAGUAGGAAUUUAGGGGGGUGCAACUAGUGGCAUAGGGCGAGUUACAAUUAUAGCUGGAACCUAUGAGGGAAAAAUGCAGUGUGUAGGGUAAUUUAUCACUCACAGGCCAGGAUACAAAAAAGAACGGACACAAGCCACCAUGUAUUCACUUUCUGUAUGAAUACAGAGUUGUCUGCUUUUGGAUGUGCUGUAAACAUGAGGGGUAGGUGUGGCUUGUAUGUGUCCCUUGCCCUACCCAUUUUUUAACAUCAAUUUUAUGAUACGAAGUUCAGGGGUGCGAUUUUCACCUGUUAAUUCUCUCUCUAGCACUUGAAUCCAGGGUUGAUGUAAAUUACUCCUUACAUGUAUAUGGCUGUAUACCACUAAUGCAUCUUGCCUUUGCAAUUGACUAAUGCAAAACAACACAGUCUUCUCACUGCAUUUCCUGCUUUUUUCUUGCCAUAAACAAAGAAAUUUAGUAGUCCAAGUUUUUCUUAGCCUAGUGGCUUAACUAGAAUGUAUUGGUCUCACAGCAAAAUCAUUUUAGUUCCUUGUGUGUUGAAAACCUUGGGGUAGAUGAUAAGUUCUUGUAUUGUUAUAAUGCAUCAGCCAGGAUCAGUAGUCUUGGGCCACCAGUGGCUGCUGGGUCUGCUGUUGUUAGGGCCCUUGCUACAUAUAUGCAUGAGUUGUAGUUUAGGAAUGAGUGAAACGCUAAUGGUUGCCAACUUUAAUACUUGACAGUGCCAAUAGAUUAGUUCAUUACUAACAUUUUUGCAGAAUCAAUGUGUAUGUGUAUAUAUAUAUAUAUAUAUAUAUAUAUAUAUAAUAUAUUCCACAGUACCCGCACUCAGACCAAUAGAACCAGUGGUGCACGGUCAAUAAUGUCAGCCCUUGUUUUCAUUGGCUAGAAGAGCUUAAUAGUAUAUGAUUAAUCAUGGAUAAGAUGUUGCAACCUUAAUCUGAAUGUAAUUCACUUUUCUUACUUCUAUUUUAUCCUUAAACGGUUUUUAACUAAUGUACUCAAUAACAGUGCCACCUACAAUGGCUAGAAGAGAUAUUAUGGCAGUGUGGGAAACUAUUUACUGUAUUUUGGUCAUGAAAUAACUCAAUGUUAACAUUUAAUACAGAAUGCUAAUAAACUUGUAAUUAAAAAAUGUGUUAAAUACAUAA